GUAUUAUAAAUUAAUGUGCAUUUUGCUAUGUCAAAUUAAAAUCUGUGAUGAAUGGUUUGUCUGUCUUUGACGUACUUUACUAUAUCCAUUACCAUUACUUUCACGUUGGAUAAGGAUUCUAAACUUGGACUACGUUGCACGAAAAACGAAAUAGGUUCAUCCUAUCAUAAUUUAGGACCUUAAAUUUAAACCAUUCGCGGCCCGUGGACAAGAUAUGUUUGUUGUCCUCCUAAUUUUAUAAUUGGAACAUGUAAACAAUUCAUUUAAACUUAGUUUAUUUGUCUAUAACUACGUGUAAUUAGACAAAAUUCGUUUUAAUCAUUAAUUUUCGCAGUUGCAAUGAAUGUUUGGAUAACGUAUUUUAUUUCAAUUUGAGUUCAACAGUGAUAUCUACAAGUGGAAUCAAUCCAACGAUGCUGUCUAUAAUACGAGGGACAUGCUUGAGGAUUUCCAAGGGGCGUCCGUUUGUGUUGCAACGAAUGAUCAGUUCAGAAACCGAGGAAGUAAUGUCCGAAUCCUCGACACCUUCCACCCCAACCUCACCAGCUCCAGAACCGUACGAGAUUAAGACGAUCACCAACGCAGAUUCGGAUGCUUUACUUGGACACCUACGCAAAUUCUUUUUCAAAGACGAGCCUCUUAACGUAGCCGUCCAACUAAUAGAAUAUGAAAAUUCUACCUGUCCCGAGCUGGAGAGGUACUCACUCAAAAGUAUUAAAGAGGGCACGUCGUUAAUGGCCGUUACUAACACGAAUCACGUAAUAGGGGUCUGCUUAAACGGGACCAUUACAAGCACCAUUUCAAAUGAAGCGGAAACCGAAGAGGACGAUUGUGAGAAUGUGAAAUUUUCUAAAGUUCGCUCGUUUUUGAAUUACUGCGGUAAAGAAGGAACGAAGGCAAUCGCCCAAAGAUAUCCGGAUGUUGAGAAGAUUAUGUUCGUCAAAAUUAUUUCAACUGAUACAGCAUGGAGAGGAAAGGGAAUUGCGAAAGAGCUGAUGGAUAGAACGAGAAAAAUUGGACGAGAAAGAGGUUACGGCCUAAUUCGCGUGGACUGUUCAAGCUAUUUCAGCGCAAGGGCGGUGGCCAGACUGGGAUUCGAGUGCGUCUAUGAAUUAAAAUACAAGGAUUACAUCGAGAAUGGACAACCGAUUUUCCAAACAGAACAUCCUCACCUGUCGUUUACUGUUUACGUGCAAAAAAUGUAAUUUGCAAAACAUGAAUUUUAUUGUACUUAAUCACAUCCACUAUUUGUUUAUAUUAGAAGAUAGAAGAACGUCGUGUCUAAAUGUGUAAAUAUUUAUUCUAUCAAUGUGUGUAAAUGUGUAUUAGACAAUCUUAUCUUAUGUGAGUCGCAAUCAAAUCAAUACAAAAAAUCAACGAGGUGCUGAGUAUUCGAAGGUUAUCUUUAUUUGUAAGGUAGCUUAAUUGGAAUAAUUUGUAAAUUUUUUAUACUUCAUUGUUACAAUCAUCGUUACGUUAGUUAUAUAAAUUAUUUCUUGUAUCAAGAAGGAAUAUUUUGGGUAUUUUCCCACAUUAUAUAUUUAAAUAAAGUUAAUUUUUUAAGCUUUA